CCACCGUGGCGAGCAUGCCAUGUUCGCACAUCCACCCGGGAUCAUCCGCGGAAAAGGAAGAAAAUCACAGGCUGUCAGAAAAGUUUUCCUGCGGGCAGAGGAUCGGGCUCGACCAGGCAGAGGACAGUCGGAGGAUCGCGCUCUCAGGAUUAUUAAUUGUCACAUAAACUGGUAUUCAUCAUCAUCAUGGACGCGCUAAAAUCAGCCGGACGCGCGAUCAUUCGCAGUCCCAGUCUGGCGAAAGAGUCCUGGACCUCUGGAAAACAUAAAAAGCUGCCGGAGAACUGGACGGACACGCGGGAGACGCUGCUGGAGGGCAUGGUGUUUCAGCUGAAGUAUCUGGGCAUGACACUGGUGGAGGAACCCAAAGGAGAAGAGCUCUCGGCCGCUGCUGUCAAGAGGAUCGUUGCCACAGCUAAAGCUGGUUGGAAGAAGCUUCAGAAGGUGACGCUAAAGGUUUCUCCUCGAGGGAUUAUUCUCUACGACAGAGCAAACCAGAUGAUAGAGAAUGUGUCCAUAUACAGGAUAUCGUACUGCACAGCGGAUAAGAUGCACGAUAAAGUGUUCGCCUACAUCGCUCAGAGUCAACGCAACGAAACACUGGAGUGUCACGCGUACCUCUGCACCAAGAGGAAAGUGGCUCAGGCGGUGACGUUAACGGUGGCUCAGGCUUUCCGAUUGGCAUUUGAGUUUUGGCAGGCUGCUAAAGGAGAGAAAGAGAAGCAGGUGAAAUGUGGAUCAGAUGGAGAGGCGGCCAGCAGCUCUCAGUGCGAGGGCAGCACAAAAGGAGGAGAAGUGGCCACUGGGGAUCUACUGGACUUUGAAUGUGGAGUAAAAGAUCACUCAGGAAAAGACGACACACACCCUGUACCGAACCUCAGCACAGAGAACAACAACACUGUAUGGGAACUUGAGGAUGGUCUAGAUGAGGCUUUCUCAAGCCGCAGUCUGGAUAGUUUUGAGUCCAACACAGACUCGCUGAGUCUCGCACUAACCCCCAGGUGCUGGACAUUGGGGUAAACCCUCAGGACUUCAACCCUGAAGAGUGCUUGUCGCCUAGCAACUGGGACAAAGCCGAAGCCGAGGACGCGUUCGGAUUCUGAUCGACGCUUCGCGAGAGGAACGAGCUGAUGGAACGUCACAAAGGGAUCGAGCUCGCGGCAGCUCGUCACACUGGCGCCCCCUGGUGGCCGUCACUGAUACCGCGUUUCAGUUUGACAUACUGAACUUCAACAAAAGCACAGACCAAAGCAAUACAGUAUAAACACUUUUUUUUAUUUCCCCCAAAUUAUUUUAAGUACAUUUAUAUUUUCUGUUACUUCCUAUAAGUUAACUUUUAUUUUCUUUAUUUUUUUUAUGUAUGUGUACGAAUAUAAAGAUUAUGUAUAUGACAAUAACACUGUAAAAAGUGUUCAGUUCACUUACCUAAAAAAAUUUGAGUAAACCUGUUGCCUUACA